GCGGUCGUUAAAAUACAGGAUUGUCGUAGUAAGCUGUGCAAACAGGAACCGGACGCAGUGACGGAAUUCGGUUAGCUUUCGCACGGAAUACGCACCACCACCGCCUCCAAAAUGCCACCAACCAACAACCGACCGGAUGAGUUGCCCCCGCCGAAGGCUGACUUUAGCGCCCCGCCGCCCUACGAGGCGACCGAUUCCCAGCGGGACGAGUACACACAGCAAUCGGUACCGGUGCCCGAAUUGACCACCAAGCUGCCCACGUACGAGGAGGUGCAGAUGGAAAAGAUGAUCAACCACGAGCUGCCGAUUCCACCGAUGCAGCCCCAGCUACCGCCGCCUCCACCCAGCAUCACCUCGAUGGGAGGUGUCGGACGCGGUCCGGGAGUCAUCGGUGGACCGCAGGUCACGUUCAUCGCAAUCGACGGGGACGGGGAGAACAUUAGCGCCGACAAUGGGCUGCUUGGCACCGACAUCAUGUUCGUGACCGCAUUCCUAAUCGCGUUCCUGUUCAACUGGAUCGGUUUCCUGGUGCUGACCUGCUUCUGCCACACGAUCGCAGCCCGCUACGGUGCCCUGUCCGGGUUCGGGUUGUCCCUUGCCAAGUGGACGCUCAUCAUGAAGCAUUCGACCGAUUUCGCCUCACACGAGAACUCCUGGCUGUGGUGGCUGAUCAUGGCGUUCGGGUUUCUGAUCUGCGUCCGGGCGCUCGUGCAGUACAUCAGCAUCAAGCGGACCUGGCGCUUGCUUUCCACAUCCGCCCAGGAGCGGCUGUUAUUCUUCUACUAAACGUGCACCCUCUCCCACUGGAUUCAUCGUCCGCGUGCUUUGGUAUGGGAAGGGUGCUGCUGAUGCUGCUGCUUCGUCCCUUUUUGGUGUCCUUUUGGGAAGUAAUUCUAAAUCUCAAGUACCAUUUUCUCUUUUCCAACUGCACAACGCACGCCCUUAGUCGUCCCAUUUUUCGCCCACAGCCGACGAGCAGCACGCGGCGUUUACGUUGGAAAGCGUUUUAAUCUGUCUUUUCCCAGCACACUAUCGAUCGUACUUGGGUGGGCGGUGGUUUGGUGUGUAUGAAGAAGUCACCGUUUUGUAGCGAAAAACGUCGUAACAUUAACUUCAGGGACAGAGUAGAAGAGAAGGGACAAAACAUAGGAAGAGAGAGGUGAGGUUCCCCCCAGCGGGUAGGGAACACGGAUACGGAACCAACCAUACCAUUAUCAUAGUUUUUGUGAUAGCAAUCAGCAACAAACCCUCGAAAAAGCAAAAAAACACGGCCAAUCGGCAAGCCUAGCCCUCCGUUCGUUUGGUCCUUGCAUUUUUGUGUGUGCCCUAGUGAACAUUUGAAACGUAUUUGCGCUCAUUUACCAUGCUUCCCUUUUCGCACUGCGAACCACCUACACUAAAAGGUGAUUUAGUUUUCCCUUCCGGUUCAAUUUGUUAUCCUAGUUAGCUAGUGUUAUUAUUCACGAGGAUGAUUCGCACCCAUCGCUUUAUUUGUCUGUCUUAAAUGUGUUUCACUGGGUUGUAUUUUCGAAGAUUCAAAAGAAAGGAAAGGGUUAUUGUGAAAUGUGUCACAAGCCAGCAAAAAAAGGCGCACGUUUUACAUUGGAACUUAGGGAUGAUGUUAGCGGUUGGCUUUGUGUGUGCACGAUUAGAUUGACCGCGGGAGGAUACGUUUCGGGAUGGCGUUCGAAGAAACUAAAUGCAACUACUUCAACAACAACAAAAAAACGUUACAAAACAGAAAGCAUCAAACACUUUCGUAGCAACAAAACCGACACUACUUUCUGCAGUGUUUAAAUAGAGUAAACCAUAUUUUUGUACUUUGUAAAUAGAUUGUAACACUACCAGGGGGAAAGAGAGAGAGAGAGAGCAGAGAGGGAGAGACAAUUGAGAGGAAAAGCUUGGCUGCGAAGGAAAAAGGCAACUGUAUGCAAACUAAAUACAAUAAAAUAAUCGUCAGGAAGCGAUGGGUUUGAACGGAACAGCAAGAUGGAACAACGCAGCAGGUCACUGCUUUACCACAUUAUGAAUGAAAUACGUCUAUUGUAUUGUAUAAAUCAUAUUACACUAUGUCUCUAUAUUGUGAAAAUCUAAGAAAAAAAUGAAAUAAAAAUAUAGU